ACUGAGCUGACCCUGCUGUUCAUGCACUCAAUCAACUAAAGACUAGUCAUAUGCGAGUCUAGUACUACCCAUGUGUAGCACGCUCGGUGCUCUCACUAGACUACUCACAGCACUCUCGGCCAAGCCCGUCUCUGCUAAUGCCACAUCGCGUCAGCACGCAACGGCCGCCCGAUGCAGGUCAGCAAGUCGACCAUUGCAGUUGAUAGCGGCCGCAGAAGCAAUGACUCGCCCCCUCCAACUGGCUGCAUACACGCCAUCACAGACAUAGCCACCAAUCGUGCGCAGGACAGCAUGUGACACCUUACUAGUAGUCGCCGAUCAAGGAGGAGGGAGCCCCCAACAUGUUGCCGCCUGCUUCCUUCUCGAAGGCGUGCAUCUGUUCUAGUAUGUCGCCGCGAGUGAUGCCCUUGGACUGACGACAUUCACACAGACUCUUGCACAUCACAGAUCGAUGGCAGUGGUCGUCUCACCGGAUCUGAUGCCCUGAUGGCCAGCGUGUCGGCCGGGUAGGGGAAGUCGCUGGUUUCGUUGAACGCCAUCUCGGACACGAUCUCGAAAUCCUCUGCGUGCAUGGGCAUCCAUAAUCAUCAGGCAACAAUGAGGUGAAGUUGAGUGGACUGACUUGGUUUGAGCUCCGGGUGACCAUUGUCCAGCGAUCCUGCGCUCGUGAUGAUGACCGAUGGAAAAGGGUACACAAUCUCCCGCAUCCGCCUGUCGUGCUUCUUCCGCUCCUCCUCGUCCAUCUCGGCCAGCAGCUCCUUCAUCUCCUCCGAGUCACCGAGGCCUUCAAGGUCGAUGAAGUCGGGCUCAUUCGCACGCCGCUGACCCUUGACCUCAUUCAACACCUCCUUCAAGCGCUUCUGCACAAGCACAAGAGGAGAUAAGAAGCGGCGAACGAACGAUACUCUCCACUGGGUCGGGCUCACUUCGUAGUCGGCUCUGACUCUCUCCUCGCGAAUCCUGGCCUCCCUCAGGAGGGCGGCACGAGUUUCAUGAGUUUCGGAACUCAUGCCUCUCCGACCGGCCUG